AACCAAAACAGUAGAAAGAAGUGUUUUCCUUUAUAUAAAAUAUUACAUAUACAAGUUCAUGUUACUACAUCAAUCACAGUCCUCCAAACAUCCAAUUCAAUCACUGUAAUGGCGAAGGAAGAAGUGUUUGAGUUUCUCGGGAACGUUCCUCUGCUACAGAGGCUUCCUGGCUCGUCUGUUCGGAAGAUAUCUGAGCUUGUAAUUCCCAAAUACUAUGAGCCGAGAGAGUAUGUUGUUCGUGAGGGGGAACGUGGGGAUGGUCUGUACUUCAUCUGGGAAGGAGAGGCUGAGGUUGUUAACUCUGUUAGUGCUGAUGAUGAUGAUCAUCCAGAGUUUCAAUUGAAAAGAUAUGACUACUUUGGUUUUGGGUUAUCAAAUGAAGUUCACCAUGCUGAUGUCAUAGCUUUGACAAAGCUAUCGUGCUUGGUACUGCCCCAUGAGCAUUUAGCAUUGUUGCAAUCGAAGUCUAUCUGGAGUGCAGAAAAAUCUGGUGAUACAUGCUCACCUGUGGAGCAUAUAUUGCAUUUGGAACCUAUAGAGGUAGAUAUCUUCCGAGGAAUCACUCCCCCAGAUGCUCCAAAAUUUGGAAAAGUAUUUGGUGGACAAAUAGUUGGACAGGCACUGGCUGCAGCAUCAAAAUCUGUUGAUUGUCUUAAAGUUGUUCAUAGCUUGCAUGUCUAUUUUCUUCUUGUGGGGGAUUUUAAUAUACCCAUUAUAUAUCAAGUUAGCCGUCUCCGUGAUGGGAAGAGUUUUGCUACUAGGAAAGUGGAUGCAAUUCAAAAGGGAAACGUCAUAUUCACUUUGCUGGCUUCAUUUCAUAAGGAGGAAUUAGGGUUUCACCACCAGGAAGUGUCUAUCCCAUCAGUCCCUACACCAGAUAAGCUUUUGUCUUUGGAAGAGCUUCGGGAGCAACGUCUUACCGACCCUCGCCUUCCAAGAACUUACCGGAACAAGGUUGCUACAGUUGAAUUCAUUCCCUGGCCCAUAGAGAUACGGUUCUGUGAACCUAGAACUUCAACAAAUCAGACCAAAUCUCCCCCUAGUUUGAGAUACUGGUUCAGAGCAAGGGGAAAACUUUCAGAUGAUCAGGCCUUGCAUAGGUGUGUGGUAGCAUAUACUUCAGAUCUAAUCUUUCUUCAAGUGAGUUUGAAUCCCAACCGUAGGAAGGGCAUGAAGACACGCGCUGUGAGUCUGGACCACUCCAUGUGGUUUCACAGACCUUUAAGAGCCGAUGACUGGAUUCUAUUUGUGAUCUUCAGUCCUACUUCCUGUAAUGCCCGGGGCUAUGUUACUGGCCAAAUGUUCAAUCAAAAGGGAGAGCUUCUUGUAUCAGCGGUUCAAGAAGGCCUAAUGAGGAAAGUUAUUUCUGAAAAUUCAGCCAUCAAAUCUAAAUUGUAAAUAGCCAAAAGGGCAAAGGACUUGUGAUUUUCUUUUUAGUUCUGUCUUGUUUUUAAUGCAUGGUCAGGACAAUUAUUUUGUUUUCGUUCUGUGAUGAAUUCUAGAGUGAACCAUCUAAUCGGUGGUCCAUCUAUACAACAGCACCAUCCCAUAAAGUUAUUAUGUGACUGAGAACUGGUUGAUGUGUUAGAUUAUUUGUUUACAAUUAACUGAAUUUACAAA